AAAUAGUAAUUUCGGAAAUGUCGGAAAAAUAUUAAAUUGUGCUUUUUUUUCUGAGCUUCUUCUGAGGAAGACCUUGAGAAGCGUUUGAAAGAUUUGCUUUGUCAAAAGUGAUUUAUGUGGCUUUGGUCUCAAACGCAUACUGUGUUGCCAUGGCAUCCCUGGUUUUAGUGCAACAAGGGUCUCGCAUGUUAUCCGCUUGUUUCCUGUCAGUCUCAACUGAAGAACAUACCACUACUGGAAUAAUGUGUGAAUGGUAAACAAUCAAUUCUACCAGUUUUAGCUUCAUGAUUAACAUUUAGUGUCCGCUUUUCAGGAUGUUUCCUUUAUUAAAGGAAAAGGCUGGUGUAUUCCAUAUAUGUUGUUAUCGCCAACAAACCCCAUGAAGAGACCAGAACCAGCAGUAAAUAAAUCUUCUAUUAUUUUGACUCAAUCUCACAUACGCCGUCCUGCUGCCACAAAUACUCACUAGAGCGCCAUGUGUGGAUUAAUCUGCCGCUGAAAAUAGUCCCCCACAAAUGCACUAUUUCCUCCUGUUUGAGUAGCGUUUGCUAAAAACUACAGAGCCCAGCAGUUUUAGAAAAUUAAAGAUUAAUAAAAAAAAGAAAAGAAUAUACUAAUAUACAUUUGUGUGGGCCCCAGUGGGCUGGGGUCGAGAGCCACAGACAUGCUAGGGAAAGUCAUAAAGUAUCCAUCAGUUUAACACCAGCUUUAUCCUCCAAACAUAUCAGUUGUGGCAUGUGAAGCAGACUGAUUCAUUAACCUCUGGCACUGUGUCCGCACCGAUACUGAUGCUUCAGAGUCCAUCAGUGCGUUCUAUCAGGUGAAGAUAAUGACGUUCUAUCCCACCAGUAAAGUAGUGGAGUUCAACACAUACUGCAUCCCUGCUUGCAUGGACAUCUUUUACAGUUUUUCCACUUACCGUCUGCAUGCCACCAUUUUUAAUGUCCUUUUCAGUAAUAAUGCUGACCUUAUUAAGUUGUAUAGCUUAAACGUUGUCAUCUGUCUACAGGCUCUGUGUGGAGAGUUGGAUAGAGGGCCGCGGAGCAGAGAGCAACACUGAAAGCUGCUGCAUUGCUGUGGGCAAGCCAACUCAUUGUUAGAUCACUCAGUAUUAAUGCAGCAUCCCGGCUGACUGUCGGCUCUAUGCAACACAUGCAGAGGAGACUGAGGGGAGACGAAGCAAAGAAUUAAAUUAGUAAAUGAAGAAGGGGAAAGAGAAGAUCUAAAUGUGAAGCUAUCCCAUGAUGCAACAUGCGUCCCCAGCACCUGCAGUGACAAUGAUGGCCACCCAGAGCGUUCCUCCACCAUCGUACCAGGAGAGUCAACAGAUGACGGGCACCACUCAGCAGAACCCCAAGACCCCACAGGUCCAUAUCCCAGCAGCCUCUGCAACAGGAAAUACCUCUGUCAGUGUGACCCUUGACCCCCAGGCCCAGCUUGAGUCUGACAAGAGGGCCGUUUACAGACAUCCGUUGUUCCCCCUGCUGGCGUUGUUGUUUGAGAAAUGCGAGCAGGCCACACAAGGAUCUGAAUGCAUCACGUCAGCCAGCUUUGACGUGGACAUUGAGAACUUUGUGCAUCAGCAGGAGCGAGAACACAAGCCUUUCUUCAGUGAGGAUCCAGAGCUGGACAACUUGAUGGUAAAGGCCAUUCAGGUGUUGCGAAUCCAUCUAUUAGAAUUAGAGAAGGUCAAUGAGCUCUGUAAAGAUUUCUGCAACCGUUACAUCACCUGCCUCAAGACCAAGAUGCACAGCGACAACCUCCUCCGUAACGACCUCGGAGGACCUUAUUCCCCGUCACACACCAGUCUCAACGUGCAGCAGGAACUAAUUCAGACCUCCUCUCCAUCCAUGACCUCUGUCUCCAGCUCUGUUAACCCUUCAGGGAUAUUGGUGCCCGCCGGGGGUCUGCAACAGAGCAAUGUCGCCAUGACUACCAUCAACUCUCAAGUGGUAUCGGGUGGGACCCUGUACCAGCCGGUUGCCAUGGUGACAUCGCAAGGGCAAAUGUUAACGCAGGCGCUGCCGCCGGGAACCAUCCAGAUCCAGAACUCACAGGUAAACUUGGACCUGUCGUCCCUGUUGGACAGCGAAGACAAGAAGUCAAAGAAUAAGAGGGGGGUCCUGCCCAAACACGCCACCAACAUCAUGCGCUCCUGGCUCUUUCAGCAUCUCAUGCACCCGUACCCAACAGAAGACGAGAAAAGGCAGAUCGCAGCACAAACUAAUCUAACGCUUUUACAAGUGAACAACUGGUUCAUCAAUGCUCGUCGGCGUAUCCUUCAGCCCAUGUUGGAUGCCAGUAACCCAGACCCAGCUCCUAAAGCCAAGAAGAUGAAGUCCCAGCACCGUCCGACACAGCGCUUCUGGCCCGACUCCAUCGUGGCUGGAGUUCUGCAGGCGCACAGAUCAGGAAACAACUCCGACAACCCGCUGAGUAUGGACAGCCUCCAGUCGCUGUCCUCGGACUCGGCCACCCUGGCCAUGCAGCAGGCCAUGCUGGGAGCUGAUGACUCCAUGGACGGCACCGAGGAGGAGGAUGAAGAGGAAGAGGAAGAGGAGGAGGAGGAAGGGAUGGAGGAGGAAGAGGAGGAGGAGGAGGAGGAGGAGGAGGGAGAGGAGGAAAAUGACAGGGGGAGGCUAAUGUCCACCGGGGGAGGAGGAGGAGAAAGGAGAGAUCUGCACAUGGAGCAUAGGGAGGAACUAGAGUAGUCGACUAGAGGAAAAGACCAUAUGAACUUUGACCUCACUUGUCCCCUGAGCACAGCCUCAUUCAAACCUGAACUAGGACAGCUGGAAUGCUAAGUGACUCUUGAGAGCAUGUGAGGACAUAUUUUUCUCCAAAUUCAUCAGACUCUGAUGUAGAGCAACUCCAGUCAGACACAAUGACCAUCAUGCUCACGUUUACAGAGGACGGAUGUGACUUUCAUGAUGAAUAUGUGUUGUUUCAUUUUACUAGUGAAUGUUCUAAUGCAGUGAGCUCUCGAAAUAUUUGGAUAGUAGCACAUUUUUGUACUCUAUAGCUCCUGUUAUUUAUGGACAAAAAUGGCACAGGAACUCAGAAGUUGAAGAGAUCGCUGCCAGUUUUAAAUUGAGAAAUUUUAAGGCAGUUUUGAAAGUAAAGUUUACUGUGAACUGAAAAAGUGAACAGUGGAUAAAAAAAAAAAGAUUUUUAUGUGUAUGUAUGUGAAAAACUACUUUUAAAAUUGAAUAUAAUCUGUCCAAAUAUCGAUAACAAAUAACGAUCUACAUGUAACUUUGCAGUUUGUGUCAUUUUGCUUCCUAAAAUAGGAGUGAAGAGAAUUCAACAACAAAAAAAUAGUAAUGCUGUCCAAAUAUGUGCAGUAGUCGUUGGCUUCCACUGCUUGGCUUCCAAGCAGUGUUGGCUUCCACUGCUGCAACAUCAUUCACGCCUUUUCAAUGAUCCAUAGGUUCUCAGGUCGCCGUGUUUCUUCCUCAUGAGUGAAACACUUGACUCAUUGCUCCAGCAAACCUUUUAGAGCAUGACUUUUUAAACAAUCUUAGUUCAUUUUUUUCUUCUCUCAUGUGCAAAUAGUAAAAACAAAAACAAAAAAAAAACCUGUAGUAAACCAGUGACUGACUACAGUUAUAGUAUGUGCAUCAGAUUUUCCAUAUGUUUGCAUUCUGGUGUUAAAGGUUUGCAUAUUUUUUUUUUUUUUGCGUGGCCUCAGAUGGUAGCUCAAGGAACAACGAGACAAUGGCAGUUGCUUCUGCGUAGCUGAAGGUUACGUUAUUGUAACCUCAGGUCUAUAAGCACAAGGGGAGCCCUCUGCUGGACUCGAUGGGUAAUACUCUCGUCCAAUCACGAGCACAUGUUCGCCCACUGAAGAGUUGCAUAAGGGUA